GCACGCCCACUAUCGGUUCCUGGUCCAAUUCACCGCUAUUUACGUUUUUCUUGUUCGAACUUCAAAUGGCUAACCAGUAACCAAAUUUCCGCCAAGUCACGGCAGCGGAAUGGCGGGGAACCGUAAAAAUCUGGUUCCAGUGCUACUCCUAUGGUUUCUCAUGAUGCUUGGAACCCUAGCUCUCAUCCUGAACCGAUUAAAUUCUGCUGCAGAUCCAUCCGACCAGAAAAUCAACAAUCACGAGGAAAAAACUAGUGAAGAUCUUGAGGGUGUUACGCACAGAGUAUAUUUUGACAUUGAAAUUGAUGGAAAACAUGCAGGCAAGCAUUUGUUGUUAAUAUUCUAUAAAUGACAGGAAAAUGUUAAUGCCCUAUAAUCUACUGCUCUGGCUGACAUAAACUUCAGUGUUUAGCUUCGGCUUUUUGAAAAUGCUAUCAUACGGUAGCUUUUAGCGUCAGGUUUAAUUAAUCUACAACGCUAAAAACAAUUCAAAAAGUUAAUGCUAAUCACAAACGUUGUUUCCAAAGCAAAGCUUAUGCCUUCUUUGUCCUGGGCCCUGGCUUCUCACAUGCCCUCCUUUGGGAGAUAUUUAUACUUGGAUUUCUGGUAGAGAUAUGUCCCAUAAUCGCGUCCACCGC